AUGGUCAUGUCCCAGGGCACCUACACGUUCCUCACGUGCUUCGCGGGGUUCUGGCUCAUCUGGGGCCUCAUCGUCCUCCUCUGCUGCUUCUGCAGCUUCCUGCGCCGCCGCCUCAAGCGGCGCCAGGAGGAGCGGCUGCGCGAGCAGAACCUGCGCGCCCUCGAGCUGGAGCCCCUGGAGCUGGAGGGCAGCCUGGCCGGGAGCCCCCCGGGCCUGGCGCCGCCGCCCCCGCCCCACCGCGGCCGCCUGGAGGCGCCGGCGCACGCGCACCCGCACGCGCACCCGCUGCCGCACCACGGGCCCGCGCACGCGCACCCGCUGCCGCACCACGGGCCCGCGCCGCCGCACCCGCCGCCGCCUCACCUGGCCGUGCCGCCGCGGCCCUGGAGCUACCCGCGCCAAGCGGAAUCGGACAUGUCCAAGCCGCCGUGCUACGAAGAGGCGGUGCUGAUGGCCGAGCCGCCGCCGCCCUACAGCGAAGUGCUCACGGACACGCGCGGCCUCUAUCGCAAGAUCGUCACGCCCUUUCUGAGCCGCCGCGACAGCGCGGAGAAGCAGGAGCAGCCGCCGCCCAGCUACAAGCCGCUCUUCCUGGACCGGGGCUACACGUCGGCGCUGCACCUGCCCAGUGCCCCGCGGCCCGUGCCGCCCUGCCCUGCGCUCUGCCUGCAGGCGGACCGUGGCCGCCGGGUCUUCCCCAGCUGGACCGACUCGGAGCUCAGCAGCCGAGAGCCACUGGAGCACGGAGCCUGGCGCCUGCCGGUCUCCAUCCCCUUGUUCGGGAGGACUACAGCCGUAUAGAGGGCGCCCGGCGUCCCGGGCCCCACCCGCGGACUCCAGGCCUGAUAGCGGGGCUUUUUAAAUGCUUCCCUUGGACUGCGGGGGUGGGGGGGCGGGGCGGGCGGGAGGGAUUUCUUACCCCGUUUGUUACAUUUUGAGGAUAAUAAAGGUGUGUGAUCUGGUUUGGUA